CGCCUUAAAUUUUCAGAACUUUUUGUCUCAUUGGCCGAGUAGUUUGUGCGUGUAGAACGUAAACUGAUAAGAUUGGAAGCGCACGUCGUGAUUUCGGUAGAGUGAUAAAACAAAGAGCUAGCAAAUCGGAGCCAGCGAACGAACUAACGAGCGGUGCAUUUAAGCCAUUACAACAUUCCAGUACAAGAUGGCCACCAAGGUGAAGAUUGGCAUUAUCGGAGGAUCCGGGUUGGACGACAGUCAGAUUAUUGAGAAUCGUUCCGAACGCGUGGUAAACACACAUUUCGGCAUACCGUCCGAUGUGCUUAUCGAGGGCAAGAUUGCCGGCGUUGACUGUGUGCUGCUGGCACGCCACGGAAGAAAUCAUUCGAUUAUGCCCUCGAACGUAAACUAUCGGGCCAACAUUUGGGCACUGAAAACGCUCGGCUGCACGCAUGUGAUCGUGUCGACGGCAACCGGUUCGCUGAAGGAAGAGAUACACCCGGGCGAUAUCGUGAUUCCGGACAACUUUAUCGACCGCACAACGAAGCGCGUGCAAACGUUUUACGACGGCAAUGAGCUGCUGUCGGGCGUGUGUCACAUCCCGAUGGAACCGGCGUUCUGCAACCGUACGCGCGAUGUGCUGAUCGAGACGGCCCGCGGCAUAGGGCUCGGUGUGCACGAGAAGGGCACGGUGGUGACGAUUGAGGGGCCACGUUUUUCAAGCAAAGCGGAAAGCAACCUGUUCCGCCAGUGGGGUGCCGAUCUGGUUAACAUGACGCUCGUACCGGAGGUGGUGUUGGCGAAGGAGGCUGGCCUCUGCUAUGCCGCGAUUGCCAUGGCGACCGAUUACGAUUGCUGGAGAGAGACGGGUGAGGACGUGAAUGUGGCGGAUGUGUUGGCAACGUUUAAGAAGAACGUAACCAAGGUAACGGAUCUGAUUAUUAACGCCAUACCGAAGGUGGCGGCACUCGAUUGGACGGAUACGAUCGAAGAGCUGGGGAAGACGGUCAACACCAGCAUUAUGCUGCCGCACUCUAACUAAAUAUGCUCAGAACACACCAAAUGUAUGCCGUACACAGAGGACGAAUAAUGCUCGAGCUCGAUCUUACUCAGACGCCACUGUCCAGGAAUUCAUGUUGAUGAUGAUCACCUCAAGACCAGGGGGAAGCGGAAAGGUAGCUGAUGUCGGAAGUAAACGGGAAGACGGGGGAAAACCAAUCGUAUGCCUAGUCAAUUGCAAUCUUUCUCUGCCAUAAGUUCCGACCCGGUACAGGCGCAGGAGGGCCCUCUGUGAAAGCCUGUGCUUAUUUUCAAAUGGAAAGCAAUACAAACAAUCCCCUUUCAAGCACAAAACAUAAGUAUGAAUAUCUCGCAGUAUGUGCAGUGUUUCGAAUAAUAAAUCAUUUUUAAAGGCA